UCCCUUAUCUAUAUAACUCAGGUUUAAAAAAGCUACCUGUGAUAUAUAUCUGUGAAAUAUAAUACCAUUAUGGGUUCUCAAGGAAUUAACAGCAGUGAGUUAUCCCAAGGUCAAGCCCAUUUGUACAAGCAUAUGCUAUCCUACGCAACUUCCAUGUCUCUAAAAUGUGCAAUUCAGCUAGGCAUACCAGACAUAAUCCACAACAAUGGCCAAGGCCAAGGCCAACCCAUUACUCUCCCUGAGUUGGUCUCUGCCCUUCAACUUGCUCCAGCUCAAACUGGUUUCCUCUACCGUCUGAUGCGCCUAUUAGUACACUCUGACUUGUUCACAGCAAAGAAAGUUAUUAGCCAAAAUGAAGAAGAAGUAGAUGCAUAUGGUCUCACACCUUCAUCUAGAUUACUUCUCACUAAUAAUGGUAAUAAAGAGGUCCCAAGCUUGUGCCCCUAUGUUCUUGCCGUGCUUGAUCCUUCUACUGUAACUUCAUUCCAUUUCCUUGGAAGUUGGUUCCAGCAGAAAGAUGCAACUCCAAGUCCAGCAAUGCCAUUUCAGUUAGCUCAUGAUGGCAUGAGCUUUUAUGAUUAUUGGGGAAACAUUACUGAAUACGGUGACCUUUUGAAUGAUGCAAUGGCCAGUGAUUCAGGAAUGUUGAAGGCUGUUAUCAAAGAUUUCAAGCCUGUUUUUGAGGGACUAACUUCAUUGGUCGAUGUGGGCGGCAAUACAGGAGCCGUCUGUAAGAUUCUCAUUGAUGCAUUUCCACACCUGAAAUGCUCAGUGCUUGAACUAUCACAUGUGGUUGCUUAAACAUGUCACAUGUGCUUCAAGCACAUGUCACCCUCAAUAAACUUCAAGCACAUGUGCUCAGUGGAUAUUGGCUAGCGGUGUGGGUGAGGUGGAGAUUAUUGUAGAUGGUGGGGCUGAGGUUAGACGAGGAGGUGUGUGGAUUGGAGGAGGAGGAACAAGGGAAACAGGCGGGGA